AUGAGUAACUCUUGACGAACACGAACUAUGUGACGUCACCUUGUUUGUUACUGCCGGUGGGUCUGAGCCUGAGUCUACCACCACAAGACUCUCGCUACUCCUUCGUGGUCAUUAUAUAAUUUGAUGAAUUAUAAGCAGUGCCAGGUGUGAGGGGUUGAUCCAACAUUACAUUAUUGAAGAGAACGUGAAGGGGAAGGAUGGCGGCGAGGAUCACCAGCCAACUCUCCAAAUUGACAUUAUUAUCUUCAAGUAGUAGUGUCUGCUUACCUCCCCUGAGUCGAAGCUACUAUGUCUACAAGGAUCCCAACUACAAACACUUCAGACCUAAUUUUGCCUUCAAACGGAAACAUUAUAUACCGAAAUUCAAGAAGGCCAGAUCUUUGAAGGUCAUCAAAUUGGAUCUUCCAAACCUUAAUGAAAAAAGUGUGGAAGAAAUGACUCCUGAUGAAAUACGGGCCAAAAUGAAGGAGAAGGGCAUCCAGCCUGUCCGCCCAUGGCAAGAGAAACCUGUAUACGUAGCUUCCACGUCAGGAACAUUUGAGGCUUAUGUUCCCCCUGAGGGUGAUGGGAAAUUAUCUGCCACAUCAAAAGCAGGAGCAAAGCAAAAGUUUCAAUUCCUGGAGAAAAAAGGCAAAUCUAUGAUAGCAAUUAGAAAAAUAAGACAGUACGAUGAAGACUUUGACCCAAAAGUGUUUGCAGAGGAAGCACAAAAGAUCUAUAUUGAAACUCAUGAAGCUUUAGCAGACUUUGAUAAGGUGCGACUCCAUCAGAAUGUAACAGAGCGAGCCUACCCUCUUGUCACCCACCAAUCGCGCCAGAAGACAAUUAGAUGGCAGUUUCUUGGUUCUUUGGCGCCCCCACAUGUAGUGCACGCCCGUUGUACUGAACUUCUUAAUAAAGAGAAUGUUUUUGCUCAAGUUACAGUUCGUUUCCACACUAAACAGACCUUGGCGGUAUAUGACCGAUUUGGCCGCCUCCAGCACGGCUCGGAAGUUGUAGCUCGGGAUGUACUAGAAUAUGUUGUUUUUGAGAAGCAUGUUGCCAGCAGCUAUGGAACCUGGCGUAUCCAUGACAAGAUCAUCCCAGACUGGAUGCCACCACGUCAGCCUAUCUUAAAGACUUACAGAUUUGAAGAUAUAGAGCCAGAGGUCAAGACUACACCUGAUGACAAAGAAUCCAAAGAAGUAGAAGUAGCAACAGUGACACAGAACCAGUCUGCUUCCCCUGCAUAUGCAUGAUUAAAACAAGAUUAAUGAAGAAAAAUUAAGUUGUGUAAAAAUGCCAAUAAAGAAAUCAUAAUCACA